ACUAUUUGUUUUAAAUUUCAGAUUUUUGUUUGCUUUUAUUCUGUGUGUUUACAAAGAAAUUGGUCCCGGCUACUUUUAUGCGCAAUUUCCGUCGUCGUCGUUUCCAUGGAAGCAAUUACACCCACAAAAGACCAGGAAAGCAUCGCAACUCUGCGGGAAGGCGGCGACUUCCUUAAAUCAAACGGCAAUUCCAACUUCAAGAAAACUUUUUUCUACUUCGACGAAACAACGAACGAGUUAAAAUGGAAAGGAAAACGAAAAGUAAAAUCAGUGCCAAUUGCAUCUAUGAACGAAGUCUGUCAAGGCAGACCCCCAUCUCACUUCAACGGAGAUUCUCUUAAAGAUAACUGCGUGUCUAUACUUCACGGUCAACCGGGUCGUUGGACGUACAUGGUUGCUGGUUCGUCCGCCACAGCUGCUGUGUGGCACACUACGAUUCAGUCAUUAAUUGAUAAACACGUUCAAUCGUUGGAAUCAGCGCUAGUACCACCGACCAAGAUGUCAAGAGAAACUUGGGUGAAACAGACCUUUGAACAAGCAGACAAGAACGGAGACGGUCAACUGAACUUGGAUGAAAUCAUGCAGUUGAUGAGAAAACUUAACAUCAACUUGCCUCGCCGUAAAGUCAAAAAACUUUUUAAAAUGACGAAAAGCGAAAGCCGGAGAAGUCUGUUUGCGAUACAACUCAAUCAACAGGAAGCUGACUCGACACUUAACGAUGACUGCGACGGGCAUCUAGAGUUCGAAGAAUUCUUACAGUUCUAUCGCAAGGUGUCAGUGAGGAGCGAGCUCGUUUCAAUCUUCGCAAAAAUUUCGCGAAACAGUUAUUUACCCCUGGAUGACUUCCUUCAAUUUCUACAAAGCGAGCAAAGCGCGUGUGACGUCACAAAGGAUUAUUGUAUUCAACUUAUUGAGGAAUUUGAACCUGAAGACUCCAACAAAGAAAAUCAUCGAUUUAGUUUUCAAGGUUUUACCAAUUUCCUUCUGAGUGAGCACUGUGACGUAAUAGACCGUGAUGAAUUGAAAGGGCGACCAGAUCGAAUGACGAAACCACUUUCUCAUUAUUUCAUAAACUCCUCCCAUAAUACAUACUUAGUGGGUGACCAGCUUACAAGCCAAAGUUCAACUGCCACGUACGCAAAAGCGCUGGCCGCUGGGUGCCGCUGUGUGGAACUUGACUGUUGGGACGGGCCUGGCGGUGAACCGAUCAUCCACCACGGUUAUACUUUUACUUCCAAAAUUUUAUUCUAUGACGUCAUAAAGGUCAUUGAUCAACACGCAUUUCUAACUAACCCGUACCCUGUUACUCUCUCCAUUGAAAACCACUGUGGCCUGGCUCAACAGCGACGCAUGGCGGAUAUAAUGAAGCAGAUAUUCGGUUCGAAACUCGAGGUGUGUGACACUGAAAAGGGACGACUCCCAUCACCCCAUGACCUUAGAAAGAAAAUCUUAAUUAAGUGCAAGAAGUUGGGAAAUGAUCUUGAUCCUCUAAAGAUGGAGGGCGAAGUAAGUCCGGAGGCAAGCGAGGAAGACGACGAGUUUGAAGAGCUUCCUCUUCCAGAUAGAUCCCAACAAUCUACUUCCCCAUCCUCCACAAGUCCUAGUCCAGCAAACGAACACAGCCGAGUCAGUUGGUUAACUCAUCUUCGCAGAAGUGGACGAAAGAAACUUCUUAAAUCUUUCGGUGGUGAAGAAAAUCGAAGCCGGUCCCUAGACAACCCUGAUUCAAACAACCGAAACAUGCAAUCAACUAAAACCAGAGCAGUGUCAGAGUGUGACGUCAGUGACCCUACGUCACAGCCUAUGACGUUCAGACGCCGUCUCAGCAAGCGGUUCACGAGGUCGCGGUUUAGAGAUCGAACUGGACGUCAUUCCUCCGCAUCUUCAAGUGAAGAUAAUCAGGGCCAGAGAAACAGAAGACGAGUUCUCUCGCGCCACCUCUCGGAUUUGGUGAUUUAUACUCGAUCCAUAGAAUUCCCAGGUUUCGACGCCACCACUGAAGGAGCAUUUGAAGUGUGGUCCUUCAGUGAGAAAAAGGCUCAAGCACUGGUUGAAUCCAGAGCUUCCGACAUGGUCCGACUCAACAAGACAAGACUGAGUCGUAUUUAUCCAUCUUCGCUUCGUUUUAGUUCAAGUAAUUUUAAUCCGACUUAUUACUGGAGCGCCGGAUGUCAACUGGUUGCCCUAAACCACCAAACCCGUGACCGUUUCAUGCAACUCAACGAUGCGAUGUUCGAACUCAACGGUGGAUACGGAUAUGUUCCUAAACCACAGUGUUUGUUGGAGAGCGAACAUUUUAAUCCUUUGGCAACGUCAUUUCCCAAAAACCGUGACGUCAUGCAGCUAUCUAUUCACGUCAUCAGCGGUCAACAUUUGCCGAAACCACCAAGCAGCGUUCUUGGCGAAAGGGGGGAGAUCAUCGACCCAUUCGUUGAAGUGGAAAUUUACGGAGUGAACAUAGACAGCGCAAAGAAGCAAACGUCUGUAGUCGAUGACAACGGUUUCAACCCAGUGUGGGACCAGCAGUUAGACUUUACAAUAUUCUACCCUGAGCUUGCCUUUGUAAGGUUGGCUGUUUGGGAUAGUGACCCGAUCGGACGAGAUUUCAUUGGCCAAAGAACUAUUGCAGUAAAAGCAAUGAACACGGGUUAUCGUCAUAUCCACUUGACUGGUUCACCGUACGCUUCUAUCUUCGUUAAAAUCACAAAAGUCAUGUCGAAUAAAAAGCUAACGAAGAAAACUACGUUAUACAAAAUGACUUCAAAAUUACAGCGCAACAAAAAAUCUACUCCGAAAGGAAACAUUGGGCCCACAACGACUGUGUCAAAACAAAACACUCUAUCUGCAAUGACGUCAUUCAGUACGCGAAAAUCACUGACUUCUAACAGUUCGCCAGUCGCUGAGACAAAAUCCCGGGAUAUGUGCGCAGGGGAAAAUGUGGAAAACGUAGCUAGGUCGACGGAUAUUAUAAAUACACGAAUCCAAGAGUCACCUGACGUAACAAAGAUAUCCUGUGACGUCACAGACGCCCCACGCGUCCUGCCAAAAUACCGAUACGCUUCCCUUCCAAGAACCCGUAAACCUGAUUUAAUUAAAACUUCGAAAAUCCGAUCGAAAGAAGCCGAAGACGCAGUUUUGAAUCUUGCCCCAUUACCGUCGAAUCAACAUAAAACCAAAACCAUGACGCAACUUCAAGGAAAUGAAAAGAAGACCAGUCGCAUCUCGGCCUACUUCUCCAAGCUGCUCCGGAAGAAAAAGAAAAAUACCAAGCGUUGCUACACCGAUUGCAACAAUGACGUCAUUACUGAUGACGCAAGGAACGGAAAAAAGCGAGCCAAAACAUCGAAGCAUAAUAUCAGCACUGUGUCCGUGGAACUGAGUGUGGUAAAGGGGAAUCAUCCUCCGGACAUGCUACGUGAGGAUGAGAUGAUCAGUGACGUCUUGGAAGAAACAGAGGUCCGAGAAGAUUUUAAAAACGUCGCUUCCUCUAAAUCUGCGAUUACUUCAACGCCAAUAGACCUGGAAAAGAAACGAAGCCCUCAGAAAAACCGAAACAAGAACAACAACAGCAAUUCUAAGAGGAAUGCCUCACGAAAACUGAUGGAUGAGGAACUUAACCUGGAGUUAAAGACCUCGAACAAGAUUCAGUCGUUGCAAAACCACCGCGACGAACCGAAUCCUUCCAGUGCUGGCAUUUACACCACAUUGAGGAACCAAGAACCCAGCGGAACGAAAGACGAACAGUCGGGUUGUUCAACUAAGCAAACAAGUGUUGAAGGUAUGGGGUCUGAGUGCCAGCAGUUCAGACGGAGUCGUAGUUUCUCUGGAAAACAAAUCGCAGCUCGAAGAAAUGGUAGCGAGGGUGGGAAAAGGUCUGCGUUAAGUGUUUUCAAUCCAAACUCGCCGAUAAGAACGAUCACUGCUGAACAGAGAAGUAGAAGCGUAGGUAACGUUAGUUGCGAUAUUGGCAAUCAGUCUGUUGCUGCUAAACAGUUGUCGCCUAAGAAAAGUAAGACACAACCCCCGAAAAGCAGCCUUGCGCCCAAAUUCCGCUGUACGAGCUUGAUGGAUCUUUCUAGAGAUGAAUUAAAGAAAAAAGAAACCGCGAGGAUACAGCACAACAAAGACUGCGCGCCGGCACGAAAACCAGUGCGUCGUGUGAACUCCAGACCACAACAGAUGGUUGGUAGUAAUAGUUUGGCGCAACAGAUUAUUAAAUUAACUUCCGCGACUCCACGCUCUGAGAUCGAUCAGCGUCGACGCCGUCCAGGGGCGAACGUCACUCGCCCAAAAUCUGUCAUGGAACCACUUGAAUCAGACUAUGUAACCAUUACGCCUAUCUCGACACCCUACAUUCCAGACCACCAGAACAGAUACUCGACCGUGAACAGCACAAGCCACAUGAAGACAGAUCGUAAACUUUCGUGGCUGACACCGUCAAAGUCGCUGGGGUCUUUGGUGCCGGAAACUUACGAAAAUACGCCGAAACGAAGUUGCAACGACACUUUUGUAAGCGUGGACUCUUACGUCUCACCGGCUGUAGAUUACCAAGCGGAAGCCAAAGAGCUGUUGGCAAGGUUACGGCUCUCGAUGAAGGAGGCAGUACCAGAACGUACACAGUAUGUUGCUAUGGCACCGCAUGCUUAUACAAGUAGUUACCAGCCCCAACGAAGCUAUAGAAGAUCAAAAAGUGUCGAAGCAUUGGCAGCACAAACACAUCGAAAACCAGUAACGCAGCAAGACACACAAGAACUCCACGACGCCACCCAACGACCAGGAACGCGCAGUCGUAACCGGGCACGCAACAUCAACAAACGCUUCAGCAUGUACAACUCCAACGAAAACGUAGCAGCUAUAGCAGCUGCGGAGAACGCUUUCAAGUCACCACCAAGUUACAGUGACUACGUUUACAUAAGCGGGCUUCAAGCGCCUCCACAAUCUACAACUAACGUUCCUCGCCGGCUUCAUAAGACAGAACGCUGCUCUCCAAACAACGGUGUUAUUGUAUCUUCCCGUUCAAGUGACUUUUACCACCUUAACCUAAUCAUGACUGAUCCCCGCUCCAACCCUGAUGGUGCAGAAAGAUCCCCAGUUUCCGAUGGCCACCAUCGCGCCAACCACUGCAGGUCGCUAGAGCGCCCGUCUUCCAAGCGACCUCACAUCUACUACGCUCUCGAUGUUUAAUAUGUCAAAGUUCGAGUUCGAAAUUGUACCUUGUCGUUUAUCUUGCUUCGAGUUUCUGACCAAUCUUAUAGAGUAUAAUGCUGCUUUGUCGUUUAUAGAUAUAUUUAUUAGCUAAUAUUUGCUUUUGCAUUUUUCUGUGUUGAUGUUCUUAAUGCUACUGCCUGUAUUUAUGUAAAAUAAAUGGCUCUAGAUAUAUUGUAGUUUUUACAGCAAUGUAACGUUAUGUUAUUGGUGGACUACUUAGUAGUACCUUUGCUUUUCUCUUCCAGACUGCUUUUUAUCAUUGGUCUGUCGGCUUGGUUGACCUAUUUACGAAACAAUCUGUGUUGCAUUUCCCUUCUAUCGUAGCAUUAGUAUUUUAAAACGCAAUACAUUUCUUAUAAAAUA